CAUCUUGGAAACCUGGGAGACCCACAGCAGCGGCCACACCGAUCCAAGAGGGGGCGUGGAGAGGCGAAGCGUUGAGUCGCUUCCAGGAGCCAAGCCAAGCCGCUGCAGCUGGCCGCCCAGAGCCCUUGCCUGCCUGCCUUCAUCCUUCUUUUAUUUCCUUCGCUUCUCGCAUCUCUUUUUAAAUCUGGGAGGGGGAGAGAGAGAGAGAGAGAUGCGCGCGAUGGCUUCGCCAAAGGUCUGACCGGCCAAGCAGCCUGUAUAUAUUAUAUCCACAUUUGCUUAUGUGGAUGCUGCAUUUACUUGCUGGCCUUGGAUCAGAGCCGUUCGUGUAUUGAUCGGGCAACCGUAAAAGCCCUCCGAUUUAUUUAUUAUUAUUUUAAUUUUUUUUUCCUUCUUCACCCACGCCCACACCCUCCAGCUUGGAGCUCCCCUAGAGGGAGAGAGGGAAGGAGGGAGGGAGGACCUAGAGAGGUUUGCAGGCAAAGUUGCGAGUCACCAGGGAGGGGGGUCGCGGGGGCGAUGCCGUGUGAGCCCGAGCUGCUGCAGCGGCAGGAGAGAGAGGGCUCUUCAGGAACGAGAAGGGGCCGAGCCCCGUGGGCAGCUGCUGCAGCAGAAGCUACGUCCGACUGAAGGAGGAGGAGGAGGAGGAAGGAAGGAAGGAAAGGAAGCAUCAUGAAUCCUGUGAGGCGUCGGGCGCUGCGGCUGCUUCUGGCCUGGGGUUGCCUAUGCAUUUGCCUAGCUAUGUCAGAAGAUUCUGGUACUGAAGGUCUGAGCUCAACUUCUUUGGCAGACUUCAUAAAAUUGUCCCACUUUAAGUCUCUGGAUUCCAGUGAACAGACCAACCUAGAAUUAUCGGAGUCCGAUUUUGGUCCUGGUGCCUUGCAAGUCUCACCUGGUUCAGGCUUUUUCAGUGAGGAAAAGGAAGACUCCAAGGUCCUCCAGUCUCAGUAUUUAUGGGAAGAAGGUGGAGACAGCAAUGAUUCCAGUGUGUACAUGGGGCCAGCAGCAGAUUACAGUUUUCCACUUGCUUCUCAAAAAGCUUUGCCCAAAGAAAAUGGAACACAAGUGAAAGACCCCCAAGGAGAACCCACUUUUCAUCCCAUCUCUGAUUCCUUUGAUCCAGACUCCGAAGCCCCUCCCACCAGAGUCCUGGAGGAGGAGGAAGAAGGAUUGCUCCCUAUCAACCAGUCAAAGGGAAUGACUCAAAGCAGCCAGAUGUCAAAAACCACUUUUUCUGAAGCACCUAAAGAUGAUUCCUUAUAUUCUAUCCUGUUUUCCACCAUGGCCAGUAGAAUGGGCCCAACGACUGAAGCAGCUACGAUCAAGCAUGGGAAAGAAUCUGCGCUCGAGUAUUCUUCUUCAGGCUUUGACUUAGGAAGCAGCAUGGGACCCAGUCUCCUGCCCUUGUCUCCCAUCUUUUCAACUGAGACCACUACAGACCCCCAGUUGGUCUCAGAACUUCCUCCCAAGAUUACCCAAGAGAGCUCAGUGGCUGCGAUAGAAAUAGCAGGGGAACAGUUUGCAACCAUAGCUGCAGUAGAAGGCGAUCUACCAGAAGGAAAAGCCACAACACAGGAGGAGAUUCCAAAACCUGCAUCGGGAACAGUUGCAGCUGAGAUGGAACUGACAGGAGAAGAUCUAGUAGGCUCUCAUGAGGACAAUUUCCAAGUAACUGAGACUGUUUCCAGGACUCCUAACAGCCUAUCAGAUCGCAGCUCUUUGGGCCAUUUUUGGGACUGGACCAGUGGACGAGCCCCAACUCCAACUGCUAACCAAAAUAGCCAGGAUACAAAACUGCCAAUCAUCACAACUGCUGCAGCACAAAACAGAGAUCUCCUGCUUGCCUCAGGAGUUCCCUGGAGUUUGACACAGAUUAUCUGUAAGGACUGGAGCAACCUGGCAAGCAAAAACUACAUCAUCCUGAACAUGUCAGAUAACAUAGAUUGUGAAGAGUUCCGAAUGGAAAGAGGUCUCCAGUUGCUGGCCCUGAUGGAGGAUGCCUUCUCCAGAUAUGACAAUGGGUUGCAGGGGCAAUGGUUGAUCUCCUUAAGCAAACCUAAUGAGAAUGAAAAACAUCUGUUGAUGACCCUGGCAGGAGAACAUGGGGUUGUUCCAACAAAUGAUGUCCUCUUGGCAUUAGGUGAUGUGCAGAAAAGCUUAGCUGAGAUUGGAAUCCAGAACUAUACAACUACAUCAAGUUGCCAGUCACGUCCCAGCCAGACACACAGUGAUUACGGGAAGCUCUUUGUGGUGCUGGUUAUUAUCGGCUCAAUUUGUGUCAUCAUCAUUAUCAUGGGACUGAUUUACAACUGUUGGCAGAGACGCAUGCCCAAAAUGAAGAACAUGUCACACGGUGAAGAACUACGAUUUGUUGAAAACGGUUGCCAUGACAAUCCCACCUUGGAUGUAGCCAGCGAUAGCCACUCUGAGAUGCAAGAAAAGAAGCCGAGUGUAAAUGGUGGGGGAGCUGUUAAUGGACCGGAGAGCUGGGAUGUUCUGAUUAACAAGCAAACAAAUGAAGAGGGAGAGGCAUUUGAGGAAGAUACCCACCUCUAAACGAGGACCCCACCUGUGGGAUUGCACUUGUCUUGAUUUAAAGGCCUAAAGCUGAGGGUGGCUCCUCAGGAACUCGGUUUUUGUCCAUUUGGAAUAGAUCUGCUCUGAAGUAUUAGCACAGUCCUGGAGCCAGAAGGGCCACCCUGAGCCAAGGGGGUGGGGUGGGGGUGGGCAUGUUUGUCUCUUGCUGUCAGUAGCGCCAAUGCUUUAAUCACAUUAAGAUGCACUUGCUCUAGUCUUUUGGUAGAAGAAGAAAAUGGCCAAGUUUGAAAAAUAAAUGGUGUGAUGCCCCGACACAAUGCUACCUGAUUUGCUGAUGGAGGUAAUAGAGCAGCCGGAAUAAUUGGGUUCAUAACCUGUCUCAAAAAGUGCAAUAGGAGAAGUCAUGAUGAAAAAUGCAUAUUCCUUUGGCAUAUAAUCUUAAUAUCUUCAGUCAGUUCACCACUGAUCCUUUUGCUCAGUUGUCCUAGUGGAAGUUUGUGAGGUUUUCUCCUAAAGCCACCAUGUACCACAGAAGGGCAAGUGGUUGGGCUAAGGCAUCUUUUUGUGGGCAGCAAUUUUUUGAACGUCUAUGAAUGGUUGUGUUUAGGCAAGAAAUUAUAUUCUGCACAAGUCCUGGUGUUCUGUAUUGCCCUGACUUUAGGUUCUCAUUUGAUAGAUUGCAUGACUUCCUUACCUUGGUAAUUAUCUUUGCAGUAGAAGCUCCUUAAUGUGGAUUCAAAAUUCUUAGUGGAAACUGCAGGAUUAGACAUGGCCCUAAAUUACUCUAGCUUUGUUGGUGAGAAUACAGAAAACUAUUUUCCUAAUAUAGAAUAAAUUCCUACUAACAUUUCAACAAGACUCAAUAUGUUCAGACAACAUGAUAAGCAAAACAGAUGGUUAGUCAGGAAUACAUCAGAUGCAUACCAGUUAGCUCUUCCCUCAAACAUCUUCCAUGACCAUGGCUGGCUUUUAGUGCAUAUCAUAUUAUCUGCUCAUUUAAAUGUGUUCUUCUAGCCAGCAGUGGGCAGAAAUUAUGGAUAUACAACAUUAUCUAUCUAUCUAUCUAUCUAUCUAUCUAUCUAUCUAUCUAUCUAUCCAUCCAUCCAUCCAUCCAUCCAUCCAUCCAUCUAUUGUCUAUCCAUCUAUCUAUCUCUUCAUCUAUCUAUCAUUUUCUAUCAUCUAUCUAUUAUCUAUUUAUCUAUCUAUUUAUCUCUUCAUCUAUCUAUCAUUUUCUAUCAUCUAUCUAUCUAUCCUCUAUCUAUCUAUUUAUUUAUGUAUAUCUCUUCAUCUAUCAUUUUUUAUCAUCUAUCUAUCUAUUUAUCUAUCUAUCUCUUCUCAUCUAUCUAUCAUUUUCUAUUAUUAUCUAUCUAUCUAUCUAUCUAUCUAUCUAUCUAUCUAUCUAUCUAUCCCUAUCUACCUACCUACCUAUCAUCUAUCAUCUAUCAUCUAUUUUUGGUAUCAACAAUUGUUGGGCAGCUAAGAACUGCCAAGAAAAGUCACAGUGUUAUGAUUACUAUCUACAGCAUUAGGGUAAACUAACCUAUAACUUUGGUUAUGUAGUGUUCUUUCUCCCUUUUUUGUUACCAUGAAGGGACAGUAGUAUGGUCCAGUUCGAACUGAGACUCCACAUGAGGAGAAAUCUUUUCCCCAGGCUCUUUGGUUCUGAAAAUCAGCACACAUCCUAUGAUAGGAUGAUGAUUCUAUAAUUUUAGAAGUUGAAAAAUUGAGGUUUUAUUUUAAAAAGCAGCAGUAAAUUACGAUGAGAGGAUGAAUGACAAAUUUCAAUGAAAUGAUAGGGAGAGGGAGUUUGAUUCCUUUCCUGCAGAGAAAGAGAGAAUAAGAACAAAAAUGGAAUGAGAAAAGAAAUAGAGAAUAAGAAAAUAUGGAGUUGUGUGCUCUCUCUUAAAUAAAUCAAUUGGGUAAGUUCUUAAGACUGGCAGUUAGACCAGAAUAGCAAUAAAUAAAUAGUUUCAGCCUCAAAGGUGUUUCACUGCAGCUAAUUUAGUUCCUAUGAGAAGGAAGGUAAUUACUGUCUCUAGUCUUGUUUGAUCUUGGAGGAAACACAUAGGGAAUGCCGUUCUAUAGCUAUGCAAUACAUUAUGGUUUAGUCUCACUUGAUCUGUGUGAGCAAAAGAUUUAUUUAAAUAAAUAUGGUUAGUUUACAAGAGCCCUUGAGAUCAAAACUAGAGCCAAGAUUUCUCAUAAGAAUGGAAAGACUUGAUUAAACCACAAUGCCCCAAGGCUUUUUCCAGAAACUCUUUUAAGAAUCAUAUAAGCAGUAUUGGAUUCAGUCACAUAUAUUCAACGUUGAUAAAUAAUCUUGUUUUUUUUUUUUUUUGGCUCUGUUCUCUUCAGAAUAUUACCACAUUGCACACAUCCCAUAGUUUCUUAUUUUGAAAAAUGCUAGAUUUCUGACUGCAUAUCCAGCUGAACUGCAAGUUACACUUUAAGAGAAGAAUCGCUCAUAAAAAUUCAUACGUACUGAAAGAAAAUUGACAAUAAUUUGUAAAUGAAAUCUGUGUGUAUCUCAUCUGUAGCUCACUUUGAGUACUGAAAUCUGUCCCCAGAAGACAUAAAAUGAUUUUUAGCACAGUUUAAUUUCAUUGAUAAAUAUAUAUAUAUAAAUAUUAUAUAAAUGCUUUCUCUUAGAUAGUGUUGUUGAAAUAGAGGUAAAAUUAUUAAUAAAUCCCUAGCUAGAUUUCAGUUGGGGUAGUAAACUUGUGUAAAUUGUAUAUUUCAAAAUUACAUAUUCCUUCUUGUGGGGGAGAUACAUGCAUCUUAAUUUCUAACUGAUGCUGUUUUUGAGAUCUUUUGUAUCUUUCUUUAUUCAUUUGAUUUAUUGUUUGUCUCUUUUUUGUCCUAUCUAUAUCAGAAAUUAUGAGAAAUAAUUAGUUAUAACUCUCUUUGUAGCUGAUUUUUUUUGUUAUCUUGAUUAAAAGAAGCGCCAUCACAUUUAUUUUCUUUCACUCAUAUUUCCCUAAAUUUGUUUUGCUUUUUAAUUUGGUUAUUCUUUGCAGUCAAAUUACUGUAGGAUAUGCUAACCAGCCAUCUUUGGGACAGACUAUGAGUGACAGAAAAUGGGACCAUUUAAGCAUGACAAUAAAAGAAUGUUUAUUUAAAUGUAAGGUUAGAAAUAUUGCCUAUGAUCUUUCCUUCUACACACUGCAAUCCAUUAUAAAAGAACUGUGCCUCAAGGGAUUUAGAACAGAAGAAAAGAACAGAAUAACAGAGUUGGAAGGGACCUUGUAGGUCAUCUAGUUCAACCUCCUGCCCAAGCAGGAGACCCUAUACCAUUCUGUUUAUGUCAAUUUGGAACCAACAGCUACUUUCAUGUUUUCAUGAAGUUCUGCUUUUACUAUACAAGUUAAACUGUUUUUCAUGGCCAGCAGCUCUGACAUAUAGCAAGGCUAGCAUCAUCGUACCUUUUUGCAGUUUCGUAUGUUGUCUGCAUGAUUUCAUAAGAUGUCUGUCACAUGCAAUUUGCUUCGAAUUAUUCCCUGGGGAGGAUUUUUAUGUUGCCUAGGGAAUUUUCCCCAACCAACAUAUUCAGUGGCUGGAUUCAUAUACAAUGGACUAAUUUAAAGUUAGAUCAGGGAGCUUGUGGUUCACAAUGUUAUAGAAAUCUAUCUACAGUCUUAUCCGAAUCUUAACAUGAACAAGGGCUUCACAUUAAACCAUACCAUUGUUGGCCAUAGCAUGGUAUAUGACCUAAUUAAUAGGGUUUAGGCUAUCAUGUUAUAUAAUCCUAACCAUCGUUUGAUUCUGAACACCCAUAAAUUUUCCUAAUCUCUACUCUCUCUUUUCUCAAUCUUAGUCUUUUUUCCUAUAAGGCUGUUCUAUACCAAGAUCUUGGUGAGUUAAGGAAUUUUGUUAUAACAGCUAAUAAUUUGUUGUAACAAUGUAAUGAACUGACCUGUUCUUUCACCUGUUCAAAACUUUCAACUAACAAUACAAAACCGGGUCCGGUGAGAUUUAUUGAUGGGAAAGGGAGGGAGGGAAGGAGGGAGAGAGGGAGGGAGAGAAGGAAGUGAACUGAAGACAUAUUUGCAAAAAAACCUCUCUGCUUCAUAACCAAUACCUUGCUUGAUUUCUCAAUAAUUAUAUUAACUGAUAAUCAUUUCUUUCUGUAAGAAGGCAGGGCAAUUAAUUUGCAAAUAUUUACAACCAACUUUUUUUAAAACAAAAACUAUAUGACAGUUUAUCAAUACAAUAUGAUGCCUUGAAACAACAUAGAUAUGAUCAAAUGCUACACUGUUUCUUGUGUUACUAUUUUGGCUUUUAAUAGCUUCAAUUAAUUUUUUUAAAAUGCAUAUUUAUUAUAUUUGCAUAAUUUUUAAAAAGUGACAGUUAACCAUAGGUUGUAAGGCAGAGAAUGCUUUCAAUCUAGACAAGGCUUUUAUUAAGCCAUCGCCUUCCCUCAUUUAAAGAAUUUCAUAAAGUAUUCAGACACUGUCACAUUUAAUCUAUUAUAUUUCCUGCUUUUUCAUUGCUUUUCCAAUCUUUUUGUGUACUAUGGAAAAAAAAACUCAUUAAGGAAUAAACUGCAGAAUAAUUGCGCAAUACAAUCCUAUCUGAGAGCACUCAAGGUCCGUAAAUUAUGAGCUACUGUACAAGCAUAGGAGGUAGUCAUAGAAAAGCAAACAUAACUAUCUACUUCAGCUGGAUAAUGCCUUUAUUGAAAUCAAGCAACAUGGUAAAAAUAAUGGGCAAGACUAACACAGGAGAUGGUCUUCUUCCACAAGUUAAAUUUGUGGCCAUCUUGGCAACUUAUGUUGAACCACAUUGACCUCUGGUGGCUAAGAAGAACAGACCCAGAAAAAUUCAAGCUACUUUGUUCCCUAUCUACCCCCAUUCUAUACUCACCCACAAAUUAUUUCAGUACUGUUUCAGUACUUGGUAUUAAUUGACGAGUCUUUAAAAUAUGCUGUGUUUAGCGAGUUAACAAUCACUUACAGAGAAAAAUAAUGGAACAAAAGCCAAAAGAAGGUUUGUAUAUUAAUGCUGCAAGAAGACUUCUCUAGAAAAAAGGUGCAAUCUUUUAGAGUUCACUUGAAGGACAAUUAGGAUAAAAACUAAAUAAAGGAAACAUAGAAGAAAUGCCAUGCCUUGUCUACAAGCAUCCUAAAAUAUCUCACCAAAAGGCUCCUGGAAAUUAAUGUCCAACAGCCAAGUAAAUGCACACAGUUCUGCCGUAUAGAGAAUUUUAACUGAUGAAAAUAACAUAGAAAAGAAGGAAGAUUUGUGCUGUUAGAAUUACAAGGCAAGUUUAUCCCACCCCCCAAAGAAGAACAGAAGAAACAUUUUGCAAAAUGGAUUUUAAAAAUUGCCUUUACACCUGUAUAGAUUUGAAACUUUUGGGCUGUGUCACAAGUUUUAGUUUUAAAAAGAAGAAAGAAUAAUUCUGAAUAAUUGCAGAAAUACUUUUUCACUAGACUUUUUUUAUUGGUAUGAAAUUAUGCAAGCAUGAAUGAUGAAAAUUCUUAAUCAAAUGUCUAGAAGAUCUAUUGCUAUGAUUUCCGGAUUGUAUGGAAUAUUAUACAUUACCAUAAUUUAUGGAGAUCUACUGUGUUGGUAAUUUGUUGAUAGCCAAUAAAUCAUUUGCAGAAGAUGUUCCAGUACUGCACAUGACUUUUUGUCACAGAUAUAGAAGAGCAAAAUUUCAGAGAUUAUGGGAAAUGACUAUUUCCUUGGAUCGGUAUGGCAACCCAGAUCCUUGACUUCUUGGAAAUUGUGCCUCUAUACAUGCAUGCAUGGGUUCAUAUAUCACACUAAGCCACACUGUGGUUUGAUUUAGUGCUGGGAUCACAAAUGCAGUGCAUGUAAAUAUUUCCCAUGCUGCCUGUGAGCUCUCAACCAAGUCGUUAUAUUUAUUAUUUUAAUUACAGUAAUGGGAAGCUGGCUAACUGUAAAGGAAAGUAUCACCCUCUGGCAUCAUUCUUAUUUCCACAAAUGCUUUUAGUUUCCACCAGAGCCUCAAAAGCUUUCUUAGUAAAUGAAAAUUCUUUCUCUGAAAAUACCCCUACCUCAAGGUCAGGGGGAAGGUAAGAAUGUAUACUAGGGAGUUUUCUAUAAUAGAGAUAGUCCUCAUUUAGCAACCACAUUUAAGCCUGGCAACUCAGUCGUUUACGUGAUGCAGUCUCUAAGUGAAACUGAAACUGUGCUCACUUCAGCUUUCCUAUACUUUACAAACCUGCAAAAGUUAUAAAUGUGAGAGCUGGUUGUAAAAUGACUUUUAUCAUCACCAUUGUAACUGCAAGCAAUCACUAUCUGAGGAAAUUGCUAAAUGAGAACCUGUAAUGCCUUCUAGUUCUAUGACUCUGUUCUCAGAAUUUCAUGUCUCUACCAUCUCUCCAAAUUUGGGAGCUAUUGGCUAACCAUAUGAUUUAAGCUUUCUGGUUUAUAGAUCUUGAUUUAUAACUGAAGGUGCAGUAUAAACUCAAUCAGUUCUCUCCACUCUAAAAUCAGCUUUUAAAGUAUCAAUCUUAUGCUCAGUAACAGUGCUUUUGUCUUAAAAGUUGCAAAUUUAAAUGAUUUGUUAAUGAAGACCAAAAUAAGGGGGGGAAAUAGAGUUAGCACAAACUAGUUUGCAAAUAUCAUUUAAUAAGAUAUAGUAAAUUCAUUGUAAAUCCCUCACAAAUGAUGAGACACUUUGUAAAUUGUCAUGGAUUUAGGCAUAACUCCAACUGUUGCUAGAAAUUACAUUAGUCUUAGAUUUUAAACUGGAAACUUGCAGCCAAAAACUGUCCCUGCCUCCUUUUUCACCGCAAACCGCUUUAGCAGCUAUGGUUGCAAGUUAAACCAUAAAUUAAACUUAGCACUUAGGAAAACUGCAAUAAAUCCAUAAAGCCAAAUUUAAUCUUAUAAGGAGCAAAAAUAUGGUCUAUAUUUAUUUACAUGUAUUAAAUAACUUGUCUGGUCACUUUCUUAGGACUGUGAUUCCCUGCUUGAUCAAAACUGAUUGGUUACAUGCCACUAGAUCAGUGCUGAUUCUUGGUCACCAAAUGUAUAGACCAGGGGUGGGUUCUACUUACCUUUACUACUGGUUCGCAACAGGAUAGCGUGCGCUUCUGCACAUGCACAGAUCGCCGAUGACGACAUCCGGGGUGGUGGGCGGGGCCUCCCGCCGGUUUUACUACCGGUUCUUAUGAAGCGGUCCGAACCAGGGGCAACCCACCACUGGUAUAGACCUUCUCUGAUAUAUGAUCAACCCCAGGUCUGGCCCUUUAUGUCUUUCAGUGAAUCUUUUCUGCUUUUCUGCUUUUCUCCUUUUCUCCUUUUGUUUUGUAUAGAUUUCCCAAAGAAGCUGGGUCUUCAUAUAAUAAAUUGAGCCUUGUUAUUUGUGCCUUGACUGACACUUUCAUGUUGCUUUGUUCUCUGAUCCAUUUGUUUGUUUUUGGCAAUUCAUAGUAUUUUCAGGAUAGUAUUCUCAGUAUUUUGGUCUUCUCCAAAAGCAAGGUCUCUUUUAAGCCUGCUUUUUCAAAGUUCAACUUUUACUUCCAUAGAGCAUCACAGAGAAAACCAUUGUCAGCACAAUUCUGAUCUUUGUCAAUACAGAUAUAUCAUGGCAUCUGAAUAUCUUUUCUAUUGCUACUCUACCAAGUGCUAGACUGCAGUGUAUUUCUUGAUUGCUUGUUCUUUUACUGUUGAUAGUUGAUUCUAAAAGGCAGAUGCUAUCAAUCACUUCAAUAUCUCUAUUGUCCCUUAUAAAAAUGGUUGCUAAACCUGUUGUCUUAAGUUUUGUUCAAUUAUCCGAGUUUUUCACUGUGCUCCUUGACUUUCACUAUUAAACCAUCCAGAUCAUUUGCAUUUUCAGCUAUUAGCAUAGGUUCAUUAGCAUAGUGCAUGAUUAAAACUACAAACUACAUAUUUAAUUUUAUAACAAUUUCAACUAUGGUAACAGAGUUGCUUAAGAACUCUGAAUUGGUCCAUAUGGUAGUACUCAUGAAUACAUAUUAUUAUGCGUUCCAAUUUGUUCCAUACAAAUCAAUGACCAGUUUUUCCAAAUUGGUAAUUCUACUUCAAAAAGCAGGUGUAGGGGUAAUAACACAAUAAUGAGAUUCCUAGUGGGAAAAUAGCUCAUUAGGAUAAGCCCCCAACAUUAUUUUUCCUUUAUUUCUUCCUUUAUAGUUACUUCCUUCUUUUCAGAGGAUCAUGAAUUCCCAAAUUCCCAAUCAUGCUGAGCUGUAGUUUGGACAAGCUUCAUUUGCCUGAGCCAUGUACAGUAUAACACUAAUGUGUACAGUUUUGUGCAGUUUACAAAACUCGGUGGCUGUGUUCACAAUAAUAUUACAGCAGAACCAAAACCAAUCCUGCUGUGAUUAAGCAUGAGAUGUGAACUCAGCCAUAAACAUAUUUCUGCUGUUGUUGGUAAUGGCUUGCACACAAUUUCUUCACACAGAACACAAUCCACUCUAAUUUUUAAGAUGAUAAGAGGAAAUUUUCAAAUAAAUGAAAGAAAUUAUGGCACAGCUUUAGUUUUUGUUGUAAUCACACUUCAAAGAUAAUCAUCUUUAGCCUGAAAAGGGUUGAAUUUCUUUGAGGGAAUAAAGCACAGAGAUUGCUAUAAAGAUGUUGCUUAGCUGGGUCAGUCAUGGAUACUGAUUUUCAUGAAUUUCUGAUUAAAAUAAGUCUCCUCUAAUAUUUUGUUCUCUCAAGAGUACUAUUGAUGGGAAAGAAUAUAUCGUAGUCCUUUGGUCCAUCUCAUGAAACAUAAGACAAUUUAGGCUUAUCAUAGAUAUGUACAUUAUAUUUGAUUGUUAGUAGUCCUCUAGAUCACUGCAAUGAUUUUAAAAUAGGGGGCUAAAUCUUCAUUAGUAAAAUAGCUCAAUUGCCAAGAACUGGGGGUGGGGAUGUGAAAUCCUUCUGUGGGCAAGGAAUUUAUGGACUAAAAUAAAUUGAUUCAGAUUAUUCCGUCUUUGAAAGACUGAGGUUGCAAUCGUAAAUGUACUUGACAGUAAGCUGAAUUUAGGGAUGACUGUAUCAAUAUAUCAAAUCACUUAGAAUAUAUAUACAUGAUUACUUCUUGUCUCCAAAUCUUUUUUUCCUAAGCAGCCUCUCAUUAUUGGUCUUCAUCUGAAAAAUUUCUAUAGCCUACAUAAGGGCAGAAUUUUCUCAACGUAAUUUUACCUUUUGCAAAAUAUAAUGGUUUUAUCUGUCAUUUCACUUGCCAGUACUGUACAUAUUUCCUAGUUAUCAGUGGCACUUUUUGAAAUAAAGUUUCUGAUCAGAACAAGAUUCCUGUGUCUGUUCUUUCCCUAUCAACUGUGUUAAUGAUAAAUUAAAAACUAGGGCUGCUUGAACAAAUACUGUAUAUGAACUAUAUAAUGUAUACAUCUACAGUGAAAAUCAAUUAUAAUUAAAAACACAUUAUUUGUUUAUAUUCUGCCUUUUGAAAAUGUAGUGAUAUAUAGUAAUUGUAUAAGUUAAAAUUGAGUCACUUUGUUGUCAACUUUAAAGCUGAACGUAACUGAAACUGAAAUUUUCUGAUUAAGGUAACUUAACUUUUGGGCUCUUGCUGCUGGAGAAUAAAAUUGAAUUUCCUCUUCUAGAAAAGAAAAUACAGAAUGUUCAAAGUUAUAAUAGGAAACUGAACUAAUUCCAUUCUAAUUUUUUGCAGGGGGGAAAAAGGAUUCACCUAUAUGGUUACCUUUUGACUAGAGAAUCAACCAGUCAACUUCCAAUAUUUUUGGAUUUUAGUAUAUAGUUUAUUAGUUUAUAAGUAUUAAGGCCAGGUUUUGAGCUAAAAUACAUUUUAACCAGCUGGGGAAGUAGUUCAAAGCUCCCAUUUUUGGUCCCCAAUAGCUUAAUCUUGCAGCGUCCCUAAUAAUUAUAUUGAAUGUAUAGUACUUUUGGUACAGUAGGGAAUGAAAAAAUUGCAGUUAUCCAUGAUGGUUCCUUAUGAUAUAACCAGGGUGGCCUUCAUCACUUAAAUGACAGAAAUUACAGCAGAAUUUGAUCCAAUUAUAUACCAGUCCAUUUUGCUGAAAACCAGAAAAUUGACACUUCACGAUAAAAACUUCAGUGGCCUAAACUCAUAAUCCCAAUGUAAACAUGGUUUGUGAAUACAGCCUCUUUUAUCUUAAUAGAUAGCUUGAACAUAUAGAUUUCAUCUACCAUAAACAAAGCCAUAAUUUUGCUUUUGGGACUGGAUCCAAAAGUUUGAAUCCAGCUACUGUGGUUGUGCGCAUUAUGUCUUAGUGUCCCAUGGCAUGUAAACCAAACAAGUUGUUCAACAAUAAAUGUAACUGGAUUAAGCCA